AUGGCCAUCGGCCCCAUCCUCCCCUACCUCAUCAAGCCACUCUACUACUACCUGGCGAUCCAGGUCUACCUUGAAGGAUAUCUGAAUAUACCUCCAGAAAAGUUGAAUACCUUCAAGGGCACUGUACGGCUUCUUUUCCAACCCGAGACCGACACCCAUGCUUUCUAUUUGAACUAUGAUAUGAUGGAGAUUCAGAAUUCCGAAGGUAUCUACUGGAUUAAUUUA